CCAAGUGUCUGAACGUGAACGACGAGAAGGGCACAGGGAAUUUCAACCUGGUAAAGGAUUGCGGACAACAAUUUGCCUACAAAAAGUCCUGGCGGGAUGAGCGUGUGUAUUCGCUCUUAUUGAUUCAUUAGCAUCAGGCUGCUGUUUCGGAGCAACACGUUAUUCUAGCACAGGAAUUUUUCCACGUAAGUGACAAAGAAGUCAGUUCACUUAAAUUGAAGAAAUCGGCGAAGUGACUGUUUUAGUUUGGAGUUUUCAGUGUGGUUUUCAGUCGUUUUAAUUUAUCUAGCUGUGGCAUUUACAAACGCGCUGACAUCACUGGUAUGCUCUGACGGGGAACAGCGAAAGACGACUAUUAGUGCUGUCCGUGAUUAUUUUCUCAUCGUUCUGCCGGUUCAGUGUUCGGGGGAAAACUUAUUGGAUUUGGCAUUAUCAACCAGGUACCGUUUUCCAUAUAAGAUCCUAUCACUUUAACAGCGGGAAAGGGAAACUCACAGAAGCACUGAAACGAAAACUGUCGGCUUUUUGCCCUUUAGUAUAAAUUCGGUUUUGCGCGUGCACGGCUAUCUAUUUGGGUCACCUGCUUGAGCUCUCACGCUUUGAUCGCGUUUCAUGUUGAAUUUUAUUUUAGCUUUGCUUCAUGUUUCAUCUGAGCCAUUUUCUGUAUUAUGUAUUUACAUAUGAAUAUAAUGUCAUCGUUACACAUGGAUUAGGCAGAUAAUUAUUUCAAACCAUACUGUAAAACAUAGCGGAAUAUCAGACGGGGAAUAUGGCUAAAAAUACAUUGGACGGUCCGAGGGAUGAUUUGAGCAAGAUUCCAGAUGAGGAGCUGUUGAAACUAAGCAAGGACGAUUUGCUAAAAAGACUGAGAAAGGCGGAUAAUGAAAAAAUGAACUUAAUGGUGGAACACGGCAACAUGAUGAAAGACGUCAACCGCAGGCUACAGGUCCACCUUCACGAAAUUAGGAGUCUGAAGGAGAUCAACCAAAAACUGCAGGACGAUAACCAUGAACUAAGGGAGCUGUGCUGUUUCCUAGACGAUGACCGGCAAAAGGGCAAAAAGCUGUCCCGGGAGUGGCAGCGGUUCGGCAGGUACACUGCCAGCGUGAUGUGGAAAGAGGUAGGCAUGUAUCAGCAGAAACUGAAGGAGCUUGAGGCCAACCAAGAAACGGUUGUACGAGAGAACGUGGAGCUAAAGGAGAUAAUACUUAUGCUAGACGAGGAGAGGAAUGGGGCUGGGUCCAGGAGCUCCAUAGACAGCCAGUCCAGCCUGACCAAUUUGAACGGCGGCUCAGGCACCAUCCGAGAUGUUGGCGAUGGUAGCAGUACCUCUAGUACGGGAAGCGCUGGCAGCCCGGAUCACCACCACAACCACACACAUAAACCAGGAGAAGCCAAGAUAGGCACCACCAGGAGGUCUAUGGAUGACCUGACUGCACCCCACCACCGAAGCAUCCCAAAUGGACUGAAUGUGGGAAAGUGGUCUAAAGCCAAGUCUGCGUUUGGGGCCCAUUCUCCUGAAAGGCAUUCAUCAUUGUCAAACGAGCCGUCUUCGAAUUACAUCCGGCAGCUGGAAACGAAGGUGCGGAUUUUGCAGGACGACAACAAGCUCCUGUCACAGCCACGUAGCCGCUAUAGUUUACCAAAGAUACCAGAAAAGCAGGGUAGCCCUGGCGACCUGAAGACCCUGCGUAAAGGCCUGUCCCUCUACCACUCGGAGUCUCAGCUCUCCUCCCUGCCGCAGUACCCAGAAGCCCUGCAGAACGGUUCUGCCAGGAUAGCGAACAGCGACACCUCCCCUACAGCGGGUUACCUGCCUUCCGCGCAGAAACCAGAGGCAGUGGUUCACGCCAUGAAGGUCCUUGAAGUUCAUGAAAAACUAGACAAGCAAAUUCCGGAAGAUUACGAGGAAGACCUGAGUGAAAAGGAGAAGGCGAUCGUUCGGGAGAUGUGUAAUGUGGUGUGGCGCAAGUUGGGCGACGCGGCUGGCUCCAAGCCAUCUAUCCGACAGCAUCUCUCCGGGAACCAAUUCAAAGGCCCUUUGUAGUUGCGUAUCUGGGGCUAAAUAUGAGGGACGGAAUUUUUGUUGAGCUGCGAGACCUUGAAAAUACAGAACUUUUCAACCAAAAUCGAUUUUCUUCUGACUGCCUACUGAUCACAGACUGCACCUGCUUGACAGCAAAGCUUGAUCUUCCUGGACCACUUACCCAACAGUAUGAAAACGUCACUGAGUCUUAUUUUCAUCACUAGCCAAUUGUUUUGGUAUCUCAAGUAUUUAAGACUGGCAGCUAGUUUUAUUUGCCACUCCAGGUAUUGACUUUGGGUAAACACAGUGCUAUUUAACUGUAUUUAACCAAUUCCUUCAAUUGCUUUCAGCGGCUUUGUGUGGGCAUUGUCAAGCAGUUUGUGAUUUUUGCAGCAUCGACUUUUCAGACAAUCUAUAUGGAUGUCAGUUUUAAUGAUCAGUUGUGUGUGUUUGUUCCAGGUUAAAGAAAGUCAGUGGCUAUAGGUUUGUUUUUGAAACCUACUGUAAAAUAGUCCCCUUUACUUGAGAACUAAAUUUAUUUUAAAUGUAGGAAUCACUUUUUAAGCAAAUAUAACAAUGUAGUGGCAUGUAAAAUAUGUAAAACCCAUAGCAAUACUUUGCUGUCACUACUUUCUUCCUUUUCUAGAGUGGCCAUUUGUGAGAUAUGAAUUUUCCGAGAUGACUUUGUCUAUCCACAGAUCAAAUUCUUGUCAACAAAUGACAGUUAUAUAUUUCAGUGAGUAAGAGUGGGAAAAAUAGCAAGUUGUACACACAGUGAAAUCACAAUUUUGCUGUUCAUAUUUGACAAUCGUGUAAAUGGCACUGGGAAAAUGCCUUCAGUCCCAUCCACCUGUGGCUGAAUGGCGGAGGGAUAUUUCUGCUUUCAUCUCACCAACCUAUGGCUGAGUGGCGGAGGGAUAUGUUACGGAGUCAGGUGGCCUCCUCACAGGGCUUAAGUCUGCUCAACACUUUCUGCAUUUCUCUACUUUCAAUGUAUUUUUCCCCAGGAAUUUCAACUGGUCAUUAUUCAGAAUAAUCGUUCUAUCACCAGUCUUUUUAAUCCUUUAAUGGUCUGCUCAGUCAAGCUGUAUCAUUCCCCUGUGUUUGGUUGUUUUUUUGGUGUGCCACUUAAAGGGUUAAAACACUCCUUCCUCCAGAAUAGUUUUUCAUGCAAUAUGCUUAUUGUCUCUCGGGUCUCUGGAUUUCUACUCGCACAAAUGUGUAAAAGUUGUUGCCACUUUAAAACCGUAUAGAAAUGUAAAUUAUUGUAAAUGUGGAUACAGCAAGUGACUUCUCAAUGCGUUGGGUCUGUGCUUGUUGCUGUUGACUUUUCUGGCAAUUUGUGAACAAAAUAAGCAGACGUUGUGUGAGGAAGAAACAAAAUGGACACCUCAUAUUAGAUUCUCCCAGUAGCAUUGUUUACCUAUUAUUUCCUGAAAAUGUGUAUCCUGUUUAUGGGAACUGGCUUUUAGUGCCAAGGUGUUAAUGUAGAUAUUAAAAAUGACCAAACACAAUUAGGGUCAGCUACGUGUACACUCACCGAGUCUUCAAAAUAUAUCAUUAAAGAAAAGUGACCUUUGUAAGCAAAUAGAGCAUACAACUACUGACGUUUGUAUGUUAGUUCAUUUGGAUACAAAUCAGAUGUAAAGUAGAAUAUUUUCCUAAUGUUAUUCAAAUGCACUGCUUCUUUUGUGGAUGAGAUUUUGAUGUUCUGUUGUAUUUUAUGUUUACCAGAUACAUGAUAAACUGGAACCCUGUGUGUAUACAGUGCUCUGUAAAUACCACUUCCUCUAGAGAACCUGUAACUAGCAUGCCUUUAUAACCUUUUUUCAUAAGCUAUAUGUAGCUGGAAUGGACUGGUAUUUUAGCAAGUUAAACAAACGUUUUAAAAAUCAAAUAUGGAAUAGACCACUUUUAGAUGAUUUUGAAAAUAAUAAAAUAAAGUAUUGGCUUCGUA